AAGGUGUUUUGCUUUGGCGGGUUCGCCGGAUUACAUCAGCGCCGCCUUCGCGGUCUGUGCCUCCCAUUCGCGCAGCGGAUUCGCGGAUCCGACUCCUAUUAUUCAAAUUUUUCGGAACUCGUGCAGUCGCAGUCAAGUGCCCGGCUAUGGAAACUAUCCACGAGUCUCGCAGAUAAAACACCUAUGCCGCAAUGAAGUUGCUCAAUCCUUCCGGGCGCCAGAGAAUUUUCCCGGGAUUCUUCGUUAUUUUGAUCCUUCAUCACUUCGUCGAUGCAAAGGAAACUUCAGAAGUUGUUUUAAAGAGAGCGAAGCGACAAUUUGAGCUUGAGCAAGGAAAUCAAGUCAUUGACAGCAUUUUCCAGAUUCCAAUACAGACCCUGACCGCCGUUAGCAAUCUAUGGAAAACUACGAGGCCAAUCACCUACAGAAUCCGGCAACAAGUGUUGAAUGGUUAUCAGCAGUAUGCUUCCCGUCCGGGUUACACAGGAGGCUACUACCCAAGCGAUUACUCGUACUCAACCUUCCAACAACGGCCUGCUUUCUCCGUCCAGAGGCCCACUUUCUAUAAUCAACGUCAAAAAAAAGAAAAACCCCAGAAUUUAAACUCAAAGCAAAAAAAGAAAACAUUGGAUAUUGAUGAGUAAUUAUCUUAGAGAAAAUAUUGAAGUUUGGAUUAUACCUUAUUGUAGGUAAAACUUGUGAAAUCUUGAAAUGCGAUAAAAAGUCAGAAAAAUUAAGUUUUCAAAUCAGAACGAUCUAAAUGAAAUUUUUUUCAUUUCAUUCUCUAAAUGACCAAUAUCAGACAGAGGAGAAUUUGAAUCGCAUGUGCGCAUUAGAACUUCGGAAGAUCUAGCCUUUAAAGUACCACUAAAGUGUGUAUAUUCUCUUGGAAAAUUCAGAGACAACAACAAGUCAACAAGACUGCGGACCACAGAAGUGGAUUGCAUCCAUAUGACCCAAGAUAUGAAGCGCUCAAUGACUAUAAAACCUAUCUACAAAUAGUAAAAGUGAAUGACUCUGUGAAUCCCUUACAGUUUUCCGUAACACGUGUGAAAUAGAUUACUUUCAAGUAUUGUCAAGUAGGUACCUUUUUAUAUUUCUCAAAGCUCUUCAACUUAAUUGUACUUCUACGGAAUUUAAUGCAAGAUAAAUAUUGUAUAUUGUAGGUACAUUUUUAAUCUGCCUCGGUAAGUCCAUUCAUUCCUUCAGAUUUUAAAGUAUAGGUUCAGAGAGUUUUGUUUCAUCUAUGAUUAUUUGCUUUCAGUUGUAUCCUAUCCUUUAUUCAUUAUCAACUUCAUAUCAUUAAAUAUUACGGGCGUGGACUCUUUCUUUAGACCAUUCCAAAAUCAAUGCUUGUGGAUAUUGAUCUGCUAAUUGUAUCAAAGUGUAAAUAUAUUUUUCCUCUCCAGGAUGAUAUUGUUUCAUACAUUAAAUUUACUUCGUUUCAGUGUUAAUUAAAACUACUGUUGGCGUUACA